AUGUUUACUCGCAUUGAUUAUCGAUCUCGUUCGAUACUCUAUUCAUUUCUCUCGCCCUCACUCCGUAUGUUUUGUUUUAAUCACUUUUUUCCUUUCAUUUAUUUAUCUUUUUCAUUCCUUUCUUUCUUUCAAUCUAUUCUUCUCUCUUAUUUUCCGCCACUUCUUCGUUUUCUUUAUUCUCUUCUUUAUACACGCCACAUUUGCCAGCCAUUCUGUCAGCCGCCUUUUCACUAUUCUCACAUUCUUUUCCUUUUAACAGAUUAUUUUUGCUUUCUUUUCUCUUCUUUCUUUCUAUCUUUUUUCUCUUUUUUCUUUCCCUCUUUUUUUUCUCUUCUUUCUUUCAUUUCUCGUUUUUCGUUCCCUUCUUUCUUUUCUCUCUCUUUCUUUCCCUCCUUCCUUUUCUCGUCUUUCUUUCCUUUUUUCCUUUCUCUUCUUUCUUUCCCUCCUUUAUUUUCUCUUCUUUCUUUCCCUUCUUACUUUUCUCUUCUUUCUUUCCCUUCAUUGUUUUCCCUUCUUUCUUUCCAUUCCUUCUUUUCUCUUCUCUUCUUUCUUUCCCUGUUUUCUUUUCUCGUCUUUCUUUCCUUUCUUUCCUUUCUCGUCUUUCAUUCCCUUCUUUUUUCUCUCUUUCUUUCCCACAUUUCUUUUCUCUUCUUUCUUUCCCUUCUUUCUUUUCUAUUCCUUCUUUCCCUCCUUUCUUCUCUCUCUUUCUUUCCCUCCUUUCUUUUCUCGUCUUUCUUUCCCUCAUUUCUUUUCUCUUUUUUCUUUCCCUCCUUUAUCUUCUCUUCUUUCUUUCCCUUCUUUCUUUUCUCUACUUUCUUUCCCUCCUUUCUUUUCCUUUCUUUCUUACCCUCUUUUAUUUUCUCUUCUGUCUUUCCCUUCUUUCCUUUCUCUUCUUUGUUUGCCUCCUUUCUUUUCUCUUCUUUCUUUUCUCUUCUUUCUUUUCUCUUCUCUCAUUCCCUUCUUUUUUUCGUCUUCUUUAUUUCUCUUCUUUCUUCCCUCCUUUCUUUUCUCGUCUUUCUUUCCUUUCUCUUCUUUCUUUCCCUCCUUAUUUUCUCUUCUUUCGUUCAUAUCUUUUUCUCUUCCUCAUUUCCAAACUUCUUGUUUCUCCUGCUUCUAUUCCGAAACCUCACUUUAAACACGGGUUCUUCUUCUUCUUCUUCUUCUUCUUCUUCUUCUUCUUCUUCUUCUUCUUCUUCUUCUUCUUCUUCUCUAAAUGGUAUACCAGACAGGCCAGAAGUAUUUUUAUUCGAGGGUAUACCAGACAGUCCAGAAGUAUUUUUCAUUCGAGGGUAUACCAGACAGGCCAGAAGUAUUUUUUAUUCGAGGGUAUACCAGACAGUCCAGAAGUCAUUUUUAUUCGAGGGUAUACCAGACAGGCCAGAAGUAUUUUUAUUCGAGGGUAUACCAGACAGUCCAGAAGUAUUUUUCAUUCGAGGGUAUACCAGACAGGCCAGAAGUAUUUUUUAUUCGAGGGUAUACCAGACAGUCCAGAAGUCAUUUUUAUUCGAGGGUAUACCAGACAGGCCAGAAGUGUUUUUAUUCGAGGGCAUACCAGACAGUCCAGAAGUAUUUUUUCAUUCUGAGGGUAUACCAGACAGGCCAGAAGUAUUUUUUUUAUUCGAGGGUAUACCAGACAGUCCAGAAGUCAUUUUUAUUCGAGGGUAUACCAGACAGGCCAGAAGUAUUUUUUAUUCGAGGGUAUACCAGACAGGCCAGAAGUAUUUUUUACACGAGUGUAUACCAGACAGGCCAGAAGUAAUUUUUAUUCGAGGGCAUACCAGACAGUCCAGAUGUAUUUUUUACACGAGUGUAUACCAGACAGGCCAGAAGUAA